AUGAUUGUGGCGAUAUCUCCUCGCCGUGACCUGGUGGACGUUGAACCAAAAGGCGAAUGUGACACGCAGUCGCUGACUGACAGUGUAACGGACUAUCCCGUGGAGAACGGCAGACGGUACCACAAGUACCAUGAAGGAGCUUAUCCAUACCCGAAUGAUGAACAAGAGCUGGAUCGUCUGGACAUGCAACAUCACAUGUUCAAACUGGUCAUGGGUGGCAAGUUAUACCAUGUCCCGCUCGACGCCCCCAAACAAAUACUUGAUAUCGGUACUGGCUCUGGUAUCUGGCCCAUAGACAUGGCGCCCAUAUUCCCAAACGCUACAAUCAUAGGCACGGAUCUUUCUCCAGUCCAACCAACCGAGGUCCCUGAAAACGUUCACUUUCUCGUUGACGAUGCAACUGAGGAUGAAUGGCUGUGGGACACGGGCCAUUUUGAUUUCAUACACAUCGGAAACAUGACGGGUGCCAUGAAGUCUUUCAAGCGCCUAUUACGCCAGGCAUUUAAAUAUCUCAAACCAGGGGCAUACAUCGAAUGCCACGAGAUGGACCCAAAGCCAAAAUGUGACGAUGGCACCAUGCCGCCUGAAAACCCCGACGGGUACAGUGCAUAUGCCAUGCACGACUGGUUCGACCUGAACAUGCGCGCAAGCCAGGAAACUGAGCCUUCAAGACAGUUCCGGAUCGCGCCUCAAAUUGAGCGGUGGAUGAAGGAAGUUGGGUUUGUUGAUGUUGAACAGCGGGUGUUCAAAGUUCCGACAAACACCUGGCCAUCCGACAAGAAGUUGAAAGACAUUGGGAAAUGGAGCGAGAGCAAUUGGCUCGAAGCGUUGGCCGGUUGGUCCUAUAAACCUUUCCUCGCACUGGGUUGGUCGAAACCCGAGAUCGAAGUCUUCCUCGCCGAUGUGAGAAAAAGCGUGCAGAACAGGAGUGUGCAUGCCUACAUGAAUUUCUUCGUGGUUACCGGCCGAAAACCGCUACCCAAUGAAUAG